AUGAACAAUGAAAAAAAACUAAAUUUUUUAAUUUAUAAUGAUAUUGAAAAAUUAUUAGUUUCUAAUUGUUCAUUUCAAAGGUUAUUGGAAUUAUCUCUAAUAUGCAAAUCAUCAUUUAGAUCGAUUCAAAAUUAUUUAACACACCACCCAAAUAAAAUUAAAUUUUUUUUAAAAAUAUUUAAUUUUUUAUUUUACCUAAAUAACAACAACGAUCAAAAUUAUAAAUACAAAUUAAUUCAGUUUAAAGAAUCACAAAAUUUAUUUUUUAAAGAUAAUUUUGAUUAUUGCCCAAGCCAACUAAAAUUAAAUUUAGAUUCAAUAACAGCAGCAAUCGGUAAUGGAUAUCAGUAUAAAAAAUUUUACUUUGAACAAUAUAUUACGAUAAUAAAGGACUGUGGUAGAGCUUACAGAGAUUUGAUUUCCGAUGGUGUGUUUCAAUUUAACAAGAUUAUGCUUUACUGGGAUGCAAAAGAAGAGUACCAAGUGCAACAAGUACUGGACAAUUUAUCAUUAUUCAAUCCCAGAAAAAUUAGGAUUACAACAUCUCCAUCAAUAACAGGGCUCCAUCCAAAUUAUUUAAAUACAAUUCUAACUAAAGGAGGUGGCUCGCUUCAAACAAUUCAGUUCUGUUUUCAUAACACACCCAUAGAAUUUGCCACUCUAGCGCUAAAGUCAACAACAAUUAAAUCGUUAACAUUAAGGCUGGGUGAAAACGACACAAGUAUCACACUUUCAAACAUAUUUUUAGAUUCAAAGAUUUCACAAAAUAGAUCAAUUAAGAAGCUGAUAUUAAGAGAAUGUGUUUGGGGUUCAAGCAAUAACUAUAAUCCUUAUUCUUCUCUUCAAAUAUUAUAUGGAAAUAGUACAUUGACUCAAUUGGGUUUAGAAAUAUUCAAAAUAAAAGAGAAGCACGGAAAUAAUAACAAUCAUUUUAUAAUAGGCGGCUAUAAAUCUUUAUCACCUUUAUUAGAUUUACCAAAUAUAAAAAUACUUCGGUGUGAUUUAAAAUCAAUAGAAUCAUUUUUUAUACAUUGCAACCAUAAUUCAAAUAUUCAAAAAUUAUAUAUUUUAAAUUGCCAACUAGAUCCAAAUAAUAAAGAUACAACUACAGAGUGUUCAAAUAAAUGCAAAUAUUUUAAAUACUUUAAAUAUUUUGUUAGAUUUCUAAAAGAAAAUAAAUCUUUAAAAUGUAUUAAAAUGACAUCUUGUUAUGGAAUCUAUAAAAAACUAAAGGAACUUCUUAUGCAAAAAAUUUAG